AUGGCCUUAUGUGAAGAGCGUUCAUGUGGUUUGAUAAUUUUUCGUUGUGUUUUAAACAAUCCUGUCGAAUAUCUUCUUUUGCAAGCUUAUGGUAGCCAUCACUGGACGCCACCAAAAGGGCAUGUCGAGUUAGGUGAAAGUGACAAAGAAACGGCUUACAGAGAGACACGAGAAGAGACAGGCUUAGAGGUCCAUUCUUUACAGUUGACAAAAGAUUUUAAAGUUGAAUUGGAAUAUCCAGUUAAUGGUGCAGUGAAGAAAGUCAUCUAUUUUCUCGCAGAGCUGACUGAUCAAGAGUAUGAAGUUAAGUUGUCGGAGGAGCACACUGGUUUUGAAUGGGCAGAUCUUAGCAAGGCAUGCGAGUUGGUGAAGUACCAAGAAACACAGGGUGCUCUAGAAUCUGCAGAGAAAUUUAUUCAGGGAAACUGUUGAUAUAAAUAAAUGCCCCUGGAGAUUUAUUUAAACCUAAAUAUGUAUCAGGUUUAUAAAAGAAAUAUUUCCACUUUGUAAUGGUUAUUGAUAGCAUACAUUUACU